CUGUUAGCUUCUUAUCAUCUGCCCGUCUUCUUGAUUGAGAUGGCUCCCAUUGAAAACCAAAGCCUACUAAAAGGAGGCCCAUCUGCCACCUGAACUCACUCCAGGAAAAAGCCCACAUGCCUCACUAAAUGUGAGACAGCAGCCUUGUCCAAUGGCCGGUCCUCGUGGCAGAGUUCUCACAACCGUCAAAUGAGAAAGUCUUCCACGCAACGCCUCAGGUCAAAUGGCAUCUCGACAUAUCGUCACAAGCAAGAGCGUUUGAUCAGUGUGUGAUAUCAAGUUAUAGGGUUAUACAAGGAUGUCUCUACCUAAAAGUUGGAUCUGCCAACUGUCAACGCAGGUCGCACGUACCCAGAUGGCUCACAGUAUACCCAACCUGAGAGUCCUUUUUAGCCUCCAAUGGGAUAGUCUCAUUCAUUAGUUGCCGUACUAGAGUUGCUCCUACCAUUAACUCCCCCACCACCUCCCCAUGUAUAAAUUGCUUUAAGUUGCGUCUCUUUUCAGCUGACUAAAGCCAUUCCUCUCCUCAAAACUACCAAAACCCAGAAUCAAUCAACCCCCAAAAUCUGAGAACUCUCAACCCCAAAAGCAAAGAGCGAAUCUUGUGGAGAAGAAUAGUUAGACAAGCGGUACGAUGGUGUUCUUCUGCUUUCUUGUGGAUCAGAAGAGGAAGGUGAAGAGCAGCAAGCCAGCGGCCGGGAUCUGCUCGAGGUGCGGCGGCGGGGCCAGCGUCGCUGACAUGAAAACUGCCACUCGAUUUAUCUGCGUUCCCUUUUAUUGGAAGUCCUGGAGAGCCAUAAUCUGCACCUUCUGUGGAGCCAUUCUUCGGUCCUACGGAUGAAGUUGAGGGAGAAGCCGUGCAUUUUUGUUCGGAGUGUAAUGUGUUUGCUUCGCUUGGCUUGGUCCAACAUGUUAACUUAUGUAGUUACUAGAUUUCUAUGGGUCUGGAUUCUUUCCAUCUUUUCCGUUCUUAUUCUUUUGCUAGAUGAUGAUCGAUGACUUUGGUUAGGGAAGUUAGUAUUUUGGUAAUGACAUGUAUCUUCAUGCUCUCUUGAUUUUCUUCAAGGGUGGUGCAAAUUAUAUAAUCUGAUGAGUUCAAACGGGUAA